AUGAAGAGCACGCCUCUGAUCAUCAAUUGGCAUGAUCAGAAUGCACCCGUCUACUCGGCUCAUUUCGAGCCCCAAGGCAAGGGCCGCUUAGCCACGGCUGGAGGAGACAACAAUGUCAGACUCUGGAAAGUCGAGAGUGACGGGGAGGAUAGGAAGGUUGACUACCUGUCCACCCUGACCAAGCACACACAAGCCGUCAAUGUUGUCCGUUGGGCACCCAAAGGGGAGGUUCUUGCUUCUGCCGGCGAUGAUGGGAACGUGAUCCUCUGGGUCAUGUCUGAACACAGCGGACCUGCCUUUGGCAACGAGGGCCUCGAGGACAAAGAGACAUGGCGGACGAAGCACAUGUGUCGGUCGAGCGGCUCCGAGAUCUACGACCUCGCCUGGUCUCCCGAUAGCUCCUACUUCAUCAUUGGAAGCAUGGACAAUAUUGCCCGUAUUUAUAAUGCCUCUACAGGCACUCUCGUGCGCCAGAUCGCCGAACACAGCCAUUACGUCCAGGGAGUCGCGUGGGAUCCCCUUAACGAGUACAUCGCGACCCAAUCGUCCGAUCGGUCUGUCCACAUCUACUCGCUGAAGACGAAAGAUGGCCAGCACACCCUGAGCGGCACUCACGACGAUAAGCCCUCCAAGAUCGCGAGCCACAACAAGAGUGAUCUGCCGCCUCGACGCAUAUCCUCCAGCAGCCCCGCACCGCCUGACUUCACCGGGAGAACUCACCUCACAGUCGAGCAAGCUGUUGGCUCCCCGGUGCCGUCCGCUCCCGGGACCCCGACGUCCAUAGCCCUCCCGAUGAACCCGCCGAGUGCCAUCAGCCAUAGUAGGCGGUCGUCCUUUUCCUCGAGACGCUCGCCUUCUCCUGCCCCGUCCAUGCCACUUCCAGCUGUCAUGCCGAUCGAGCCUUCGCCGAGUACCAAGCCUCAUCCCUCGGGCGGCCUUGGCAUGAGGAACUCGAUUCUCUAUGCCAACGAGACGUUGUCUUCCUUCUUCAGACGUCUCACUUUCACUCCAGACGGCAGCCUUCUUCUGACUCCGGCCGGUCAAUAUCAAACUCAGCAUGCCUCGGAAGGCAACUCCAAGCCGACAUUCGAGGUUACUAACACGGUGUAUAUCUAUACCAGAGGUGGCAUCAACAAGGCCCCCAUUGCGCAUUUGCCUGGUCACAAGAAGCCUUCAGUCGUAGUCAAGUGUUCGCCCGUGUUUUACACACUGCGAAACUCACCCCCGGUCACCAAACACAUCACAAUCGACACAUCUUCUGCCGAGGAGCCCAUUCCGGCGCUGCCAGAGCCAGUUGCUAAGCCCUCGCCCUCCACGUCGGUGAUGGAGCCUCCACCGCCGCCGACGUCGAACCCUGAACCGUCAAGCACACCCAAAGCCGAGACGGGCGUUUCUACUCCGGGACCCAAGGCAGCGUUUGCUCUGCCAUACCGAAUGAUCUACGCAGUUGCCACUCAAGACUCUGUGCUUCUGUAUGAUUCUCAGCAGCAAACUCCAAUCUGUAUCGUUAGCAACCUGCAUUGUGCGACGUUUACUGAUCUCGCCUGGUCGAGUGAUGGGUUAACCCUCCUUGUGUCUUCCUCGGACGGGUUCUGCUCAACCCUCUCAUUCGCCCCAGGCGAAUUGGGGCAGAUUUACCAGGGAGACUUACCUACCGCCAAAAACCCGUCUGUGCCCGGCGCUACACCAGCAGCUUCGUCGAGUCAAAGCACUCCCAUACCUACCCCAUCGUCCGCGUUCGCCCCUCCCUCGCCGUACCGCAACGGGUCGGGCCAUCAUCACCGAAACUCAACGAGCUCUUUCACGGCCCCUUCACCGCCGCCCGCCGGCUUCGUGAAUCAGAGGCCCCAAUCACCUGCGAGGUCGAACUCUACGUCGUCUGUAGCGACUCAGUCAUCGCAGGUCGUCACUAACCCCAACCUAAUCGUCGGUAGCGUUCCCGGCAUUGCGGUCGCGAACUCUACGAAAAUCACGGGCGUGCCCAUCACCACGCCGCCCGAAACGCCGCGGACCAACGCCGCGGCUGUCUCGACGGCCGCUGCAACGGGUUCCGCGGCGACUGGAACCAAACGCGAGGCUAGCGAAAGUGAGAAGGAGGAGGGCAGCGGACCGAAGAAGAGGCGAAUUGCGCCGACGCUGGUCGAGCAGAGGCCGUAG